CAUUCUAUUUGAAAAUAGGUCUUUUACAAAACAUGUCUUUCAAUGUCAUGCCUUUUUUCUGUUUUUCAGUCUCAUUUCAACUUCCUAAUUUUCUGAAAGAAAUUUCUUUUGUUUUCCAACUUCCUGGUUUGUCCUCAAUGUCUUUUUUCCACAUUCAAUUUCAUUGUGAAGUGUCCCAUAAUCCUAAUGCUUGUUAUUUAAAAUAUCAGUUUUUGCAACAAUAAUGAAUUGUGGUGGUGUGGGGGUAUACCUUACAUCAUUCUCAGCAGUUUCUUUAUUUUGGUACCAAAGGUAUGAAAAGGCCAUGCGCGCGCGCGCACACACACCCCCACAAACAUGCGCACGCUUCCUGUGCACAUCUGUGUUUUCCUGUCGUGUGCAAGAGCAGAAGUUGAGAAGUGGAGAGUGCUGGGUCGUCCGACUAGCAUCGGUGGCAGGUUAAAUUCUCAAUUUCAGUCUCUCUUUGUACUUCCCAUCAGGAAUGCAAAGAAGCAUGGAGGCAAGCACCUUUUUGGUCCUGGAGAACUUCAUCGGAGGAAAGUUUGUCCCGUGCCAGAGUCACAUUGACUCGUAUGACCCGUCCACGGGGCAAGUGUACUGCAAAGUGCCCGACAGCGGCGAGCGAGAGGUGGAGGCGGCGGUGGCUGCGGCCAAGGAGGCCUUCCCAGGCUGGGCCGCUCGAAGUCCAGAGCAGAGGGCUCAAGUCCUCAACAAGAUGGCCGACCUGAUCGAUACCCAUCUGGAGGACUUGGCGCUGGCUGAGUCCAAAGACCAAGGUAAGACGCUGACGUUUGCGCGGACCGUGGACAUUCCCCGAUCUGCGUACAACUUCCGCUUCUUCGCUUCGUCGGUGCUCCACCACACCACCGACUGCAGCCAGAUGGACCACAUGGGCUGCCUCAACUACACUGUGCGCUGCCCCGUGGGAGUUGCUGGUCUGAUCAGCCCUUGGAAUCUUCCGUUGUAUCUGCUGACGUGGAAGAUCGCACCCGCCAUCGCCACGGGCAACACGGUGGUCGCCAAACCUAGCGAGAUGACCUCAGUGACUGCCUGGAUGAUGUGCAAGCUAAUGCAGCAGGCUGGCAUUCCCCCAGGCGUGGUCAACAUCGUGUUCGGCACGGGCGCCCGGGCGGGAGACGCCCUGGUGGGCCACCCCGAUGUCCCCCUGAUCUCCUUCACGGGCUCUACGGCGACAGCCCAGGUUAUCACCGAGCGCAGCGCCCCUUACUGUAAGAAGCUGUCGCUGGAGCUCGGCGGCAAGAACCCCGCUGUGAUAUUCGCUGACGCCGAUCUGGAGCGGUGCAUCGAGACCACCGUCCGCUCCAGCUUCUCCAACCAGGGAGAGAUCUGCUUGUGCACCAGUCGGAUAUAUGUGGAACGUGGCGUUUAUGAGACGUUCUUGGAGAGGUUUGUGGCCGCCGCCAGGAAGUGGAAGACGGGCGUGCCUUUGGACCCUGGCAACAGCAAUGGCGCACUUAUCAGCAAGGAGCACUUGGAAAAGGUGCGUGGCUUUGUGGCCCUGGCCAAGUCGGAGGGCGCCACGGUGCACUGCGGCGAAGGCGUGGACACGCUGGAGCUACCGGAGAGCAACGUCGGCGGCUACUUCAUGGGCCCCACCGUCAUCUCGGGCGUCCCGCAGGACUCCCGCGUCAUGCAGGAGGAGAUCUUUGGGCCGGUCACCUGCGUCCUCCCCUUUGACGGCGAGGACCAGGCGGUGGCCCUGGCCAACGGUGUGCGCUACGGCCUGGCGGCCACCGUGUGGUCCCGCGACGUGGCCAAGGUGCACCGUGUGGCGGCUGGGCUUCAGGCGGGCUUGGUGUGGGCCAACUGCUGGCUCGUCCGCGAUCUCAAGCUGCCGUUCGGAGGCACGAAGAGCUCGGGCGUGGGCAGGGAAGGUGGAAAGGAUUCCUACCACUUCUUCACUGAGGUCAAGACCGUCACCGUCAAAUACUGAAAGGCCUUGUGGAAGGAGAUCAGGUGUGGCGACCACAUUUUUCUUUGUCUUUGUUCAGCUCCUUUCCGUAUUCCCAGAGAGUUGCUGCUUCGUGAGGUUUUGCUUCUAAUGUUUGCCCCCCAACCCCCCCAAAAAAAAAAAAACAAAUUACCAUGAAGCAUUAGGCUCAUUCCAGUUUGACACAAAGCUAAAAUUUGGGGAAAACGAAACAUUGCAUUUUACAAGAAUACAUUUAUUUCUGAUGGUCCAAUUUUCAAAAUUAGGAAUUUCAUAGACAACAGACAAUGCAAUACAUGCUAUUUAUUGUAUUGUGUCUCUAUGCUUAUUUAGAUUCACUCAUUAACUCGCAAUUUUACAAGAAGGAAGGCAAAUGAUAGGAGACAAAAUAAAGACUUUUGAUGAAAA